CUAACUGACUAGUAAAUGAUGGAACAUCAGCUGUGUCAUAACAGUUUGCUAUAACUAAAUGGACUUGGAGCCCAGCUUUCAAAAGGAAGGUCACCCUAAUUGCCCAUCAUGGUUGCUACAGAGGCUAUGCCUGAUGAAGCAGAAUGUCCUGUAUUCGAGAUCAAGCAAGAUUUUUUUCAAGAAGCAAAAACUCUCAUUGCCCAACAUUAUGAGAAAAUAAAUGAGAAUAAAAUUCAAGGUACUUCUAUAAAUGUUUUUAAAAAUAAACAUCAAAACCCCAAAUCUGGCAAAUUCAUACCUUUGGAGAUUAAAAAAAAGGAAACACUUGAUGUGGUCCAAGAAUUUCGGACAGCACACAAAAGUAUUUGUUUUCCCAAAUAUCUGUUCAAAAGUGACCAUUUUAAGGAGCCCUCACAACGAACUUCUUUCAAGGAGCCAGACAUUUUUAGUGUAAAGGAAAAAUUCAAGGACUGUAUGGAUCUAAUCACGAAAGAACAAGUUAAACUGGGUAAAAUAGUGACAAAUAUUGAAUCAGUGGGUAAAAAAAUGGAGAAAGAAAAGCAUCAGCACCAUGGGAAGUCCAGAUUGUUGGUCUCACCAUUUGCCACCCACGUCAUCAACCUUGGCUUGCCCUUAGAAUCCAUGACCUCCUCUUCCAUGGGGCUUCUGAAAGAAUAUGACAAAACAUUCUCCGAUUGGAAAGGAAUCAUGCCAACAAAGUCUUCCCGUUUGACUCCUCCCCCAAGCUGGCCUAGUUUGUAUGGGUCAUCAUCAGUGUUUCCGGAUUACUGUCCUAAAAUCUUAAAGAAGAAGGAUCAACAGCCUAUCAAACCAAAGCCAGGACCAAAGCCAGGACCUGGGCUGAAGUCUAUUCUAAGUAAAAGUGGCAAACUCGACAAUAAAGUUAAAAGGAUUGGACCACACAUAGAAAUUUUCCAAGUGUUCCGGGAAAGGACCAAACUCAUAAAUAACAAAAAAGUAGUUAGAAUGAUCACCAUCAUGCAAGCCUAUGUCAGAGGAUGGCUUGAACGCAAAAGAUUGCAGAGAAUAAUGAUCAAGGCUUUGUCUCAUGGACCAAAUUUGAGAGCAGUUAUAAAGAUGUAUCGUAGACAGAUCCAUCGUGUUAAAUAUCGACUUGGUCUUUGGAGGACAAGACAAAUUAUAAACUUUGCAGAGCUAGAGGAAUGGAUGGACAGAAAAAAGUUCUAUGAAACAAUGUUUGCUAAGAGAGAAGAUUGGCAAGGAUUAGAAAGAAGUGAGCUCCUCAAGUUCUUCAAUGACUGUGGUCAUUUCCCAACCCAGCAGCAAAUUGAUGAGGUUUGGGACCUGGUCCAUAGAGACCAUGAGAAAUAUUCUGAACUCAUCAAGAAGUACAAUGCAAUUGAAAUGUUAUUUACACUCUAUCCUCCUCAAGGUGCCCACGUGCAUAAUAAUAUACGACUUAGGUCAACUUGGCUGAGACCCAUAGUAAAUGGGGAAGAAGGAUACAGAUAUAUAGUGAAUGGACAUCCAAUACUCAAAAGAGCUAACAUCCGAAUUGUUGGAAAGUUAGUAUCCAGAUCUAUAAGAGAAAGGAAAAUGAGACAUUUAUCGCGAGAAGUAGAAUAAUGUUUCAGUACAAUUUUAUUAUCUUAAGAGUUGAGCCUUUCUACCCAAAGAGAUUAUGUUAACAUCGGCCAUGGAUUAAUUAUGUAUCACCAGGAAAAAAAUGACAAGCAUCUCUGGACAUCAAAGAAAAGAUUUCAACAAGUCAGUUCAUAAUUUCUAAAUAUCUUUGGAUGAACCAUUCUUUGGAUCUUCUUCAUAAAAAGCUACUGUUUUAUCAUACUGAAAUUGAAACCACCUAGCAUCAACUAUUCCUUUCAUUGGACUUUAAUUUCUUGUGUUCC